AGCCGAUGCGAAGAGGCGGGGCUUGUCUCGAGACGGUUCGCGGCGGGUGAGGUUUAAACCGUGCUGGCAUCUCUCUCGUUUUGUUUUUAAGCUAUACACUUGGCGAAGAGAAAUUUGUAAAUACAUCAGAUCAAGGCCGCAGUAACCAUGAAGUUAACGGAUAAUGUGCUGCGGAGCUUUCGAGUGGCGAAGGUUUUUCGUGAGAAUUCUGACAAAAUCAACUGCUUUGAUUUUAGCUCCAAUGGAGAGACGGUCAUCUCUAGCAGCGACGACGACUCCAUCGUGUUGUAUGACUGUCAAGAAGGGAAACCUAAGCGUACUCUGUACAGCAAGAAAUACGGAGUGGACUUGAUCAGAUAUACUCAUGCAGCCAACACUGUUGUGUACAGCUCAAAUAAAAUUGAUGAUACCAUUCGAUAUUUAUCACUUCAUGACAACAAGUACAUUCGGUAUUUUCCUGGACAUACUAAAAGAGUAGUGGCUUUGUCCAUGUCUCCUGUAGAUGACACUUUCAUAUCUGGAUCUCUGGAUAAAACCAUCCGUCUUUGGGACUUGCGCUCUCCAAAUUGCCAGGGUCUCAUGCAUUUGCAAGGAAAACCUGUUUGCUCCUUUGACCCUGAAGGACUCAUUUUUGCAGCUGGUGUGAACUCUGAAAUGGUGAAGCUAUAUGACCUCAGAUCUUUUGACAAGGGCCCUUUUGCAACAUUUAAACUUCAGUAUGAUCGGGCAUGUGAGUGGACAGGAUUAAAAUUCAGCAAUGACGGGAAACUGAUCUUAGUUUCUACAAACGGAGGUGCUUUGCGGCUUCUUGAUGCUUUCAAAGGAGCAGUUCUGCACUCAUUUGGGGGUUACAAUAACAGUAAAGGUGUGACCUUGGAAGCAUCGUUCACUCCAGACUCUCAGUUUAUCAUGAUUGGCUCAGAAGAUGGCAAGAUACAUGUGUGGAAUGUAGAAAGUGGAAUGAAGGUGGCAGUAUUGGAUGGAAAGCAUACAGGACCAGUCACUUGUCUGCAGUUCAAUCCUAAAUUCAUGACCUUUGCCAGCGCUUGUUCUAACAUGGCUUUCUGGCUGCCGACCAUAGAUGACUGACAUCGAGGCUUCUGCGCUGUGAAAGCAAAGCAGACUUUUCUCUCUGUAAAUAAAAUAUCUAUGACAAUGUUGGAAAUGAUGGGCAUGUUAGCAAAGCACAAAGACCUUGCUUUUCAGUUGUGCUAACAUAUUGCUGUCCUUCCUAUGAGGGUGUAUAAGAGAAAACCAGUAAUGCAAAUGGACAUCACUUCCUCUUCUUAUUCAGUUUCUUCUUUGGCAGGAGAGGAGAUAAAAGUUCACUGUAAAGAAUGAAGUCCAUGGACUGCAGAAGAGUUGAUUUUUUUCCUGCUAAUGUUAAAACUCUGUUUUGAAUUCUUUUAUAUGUGCAUCAGGCAUGUAUUGGGACUGAUAGACCUGAGAAUGCUUUAUACUGAUAAAGCGGACUUAUUUGUUGCAGCUGGAAGAAACAGAGCAGCUGUAACCUUUUUACAUUGUAUGUACUGAAUGGGGUGAACAUAUGUUCUCGAGUACAGUAUUUAUCUCUAGACUUGCAUCGUGAUGCCAUUUUCUGUAUGUAAUUUUACUUACUCUACAUGUAGAGGUCCGGGCUGCUUGAUAACUAAGACACUGCAGUUUUUUGAGGUUGCUUUAUUUGUUUAAAAGCACUGCUGAAUACAUUUUUGGCUAACACAUGUUAUUUCACUUCUGUAUUGUGUGGCAUAUUGUGCUCUCCUAGCACUGAAUAGGUAAGUCUAAUUUAAAAAAAAAAAAAAA